CAGGAAGUAGAGAAACUCUAUAGCAUUGCUGCAAGUUAGCAACCAGUUAGCCACCUAAACGGACGAGUUUGCUUUAAAACUCUCAACCAAAAAUGCUUUACACUCGUCAUAAAGUGCAGUUCGGUUGAAUUUAAACAGAAAAGCUGCUUUUUGUUGUUAAAACCAUGUCGGAAAGAAAGCGAACAAGAGAGAGUGAGGACAGACGGGAGCACAAGAAACACAAGACAUCUAAAAAUGACCUGGAGAAACUGAAGACACAAACGAAGAAACUCAACCAGGAGGUACAAAAACUGAAACACAUCGAGACUUUCUAUGAAAAACCUCCACCAGGGUUCAUUAAGGAGCACGAGGAGAAACCAGAGGACUGUAUUCCUGCUGAUCCUGGAAAUGAAGACGCCAGGAGCUUUCUGGCACACGCCCCCACCAAGGGGCUCUGGAUGCCUCUGGGAAAGGAGGUGAAGGUGAUGCAGUGUUGGAGAUGUAAGCGCUAUGGUCACAGGACAGGAGACAGGGAGUGUCCUUUCUUCAUCAAAGGCAACCAGAAACUGGAGCAGUUCAGAGUUGCUCAUGAAGACCCCAUGUAUGACUUGAUCCGGGAAAACAAAAGAAAUGAAAAAGAAACCAGGAUCCAGCAACUGCAGCAGCUCCUCCAGGACACCACCUCCUGCUCUUCUUCCUCAGACUCGGACAGCUCUUCCUCAUCGUCGUCUUCAGACAGUCAUCGCAAGAAGAGGAAAAAAAGGAAGGACAAGAAGAAGAAAGAGAAGAAGAAGAAGAAAAAGAAGCGAAAGCAUAAAUCAUCCAAAACUACCGACAGCUCAGAUUCAGACUGAGACUCUGAGGUUUUGUGCUCUCAACCUAAAAACUACAUUCUCUAAAUGUAGGAAGAGACUUGAAUAGCAGCAACUGUAUAUCCUGGAAUGUAAAAUCCAGUUUGUCCUGCAGAGUGCACUGGGGAGACUUACUUAAGCCUUUCUCACUCUAAACCUGUAUAUUCAGUGUGCAUGACUUCUCUCAGCUCCUACCGGCAUGACUCGACCAGAUCUGCAUGAUGAAAAAACAUAAAGCAUCAUUUAAGAUUGUACUUUUUACGUGACCCUGCUCAUUUUAUUAAAAAGUGAUUGUAAUGUGUUCAUUUCACAGAGGUGGAAAAACUCCAGAUAAAAAGCUGCAGUUGGUUCAUGUUUUCCACUGAAGCCAGAAUGUUUAACUGCUUGUAAAGGCCCAGAAAUGUUUGGAAUGAUUUGAGGUUGGAAUAAGAAAAGACCACAGAAAUGAAAAAAGAUUGUAUGUAAAUAAAAUUUCUGUAACCAGAG